AGGAACAGGGGUCGGGGCGCUGGAGCGGCGGCUCAACCACAGCUCGGAGCCCCGCUCUCCUGCCCGCGACGCGGGGUCAGCCUCCCACCUCGGCUCGGGCGGGCGCCCGUCGACCCUUCAGCCCCCUCCGCUGGCUGCUCGGCCCGCCCCGGAGCUGGGGGCAGGGUGCCAGGGGAAGCGUGGGGCUCGGCUCUCUGAUUCAUUCAUUCUCCGCCGACGGGAGCCCAGACCCGCUGUGCUCUGGAGAGAGGAGGGAAGAGGGGGCAGCCGCGAAUGAAGGGCCGGGCGCGAGCCGGGCUCCAUUGUGCUCGGCGGCGGGAGGCGGGAAGGGGCUGAGGGAGGUGGGAUCGGGCCCCCUCCCCCAGCUCCCCGGCGUGUGCUGCGCCCCCAGCCUGCUGCCAGCCUGGAAAUGGCUCCGUUUAUUCUCCUCGGGAGAAUGAAUCGAUCCUGCCCAGCCUUCUCUUCUUCCUCCCCACCUCUUCUCUGCUCCGAGUCUUAGGAGAAAAAUUAAAAAGAUUCCAAUGUGGAGUGCCGUGCACGUCGCGAGCUGCCAGGUUUGCACUUCGAGGAGAUUUUUCUAUAUAAUUUUUUUCUAACGCGAGCAUAGGGAAGCAGUGACAUUACUGCUUUUAGGAUUUUUUAUUCAAGUGCACGUCGCGUUUGGUUGCACGCUCCACCCCCCAGGGACUUGGUGUGGUGGAGAAAUUUGAACCCGCAGCCUUAGCACCGAAAAGGCCGAGUUACCUGGCUCUCCCUGAGUGCCGAGGAGAACAUGAGCGAAAUGACCGGCGAACUCAUUUUUUAUAGGACUCCAUGAAGCUGGAUUCUGCGUUUUCCUACAUGUAAGACUCUUUUUUGUGGAAUAGAGAUCGGCUGCCGUCUCCUCCGCGCUACAUUUUAGCUCUAAUAAGCAAAUGCCGCCUCUGUUUGAACGUUUGCGUAUUUACAAGAGAGAAAUCAUUUUACCUAAGAGAACUAAUUGAAUUGUCAGCAUCAUUCAAAUACCUCCGGAAAAGGAUCUCGGGGGGUGGAAAAGCAACUGCGAAAUAGCAGACGGAGAAAUUCCUUUGGAAGUUAUUCCGUAGCGUAAGAGCUGAAACUUAGGAGCAAGUUUUCAUUGGGCAAAAUGGGGGAACAACCUAUCUUCAGCACUCGAGCUCAUGUCUUCCAGAUUGACCCAAACACAAAGAAGAACUGGGUACCCACCAGCAAGCAUGCAGUUACUGUGUCUUACUUCUAUGACAGCACAAGAAAUGUGUAUAGGAUAAUCAGUUUAGAUGGCUCAAAGGCAAUAAUAAAUAGCACCAUCACCCCAAACAUGACAUUUACUAAAACAUCUCAGAAGUUUGGCCAGUGGGCUGACAGCCGGGCAAACACUGUUUACGGACUGGGAUUCUCCUCUGAGCAUCAUCUUUCGAAAUUUGCAGAAAAGUUUCAGGAAUUUAAAGAAGCUGCUCGACUAGCAAAGGAAAAAUCACAGGAGAAGAUGGAACUUACCAGUACACCUUCACAGGAAUCAGCAGGCGGGGAUCUUCAGUCUCCUUUGACACCAGAAAGUAUCAAUGGGACCGAUGAUGAAAGGACACCUGAUGUGACACAGAACUCAGAGCCAAGGCCUGAACCAACUCAGAAUGCAUUGUCAUUUACACAUAGUGCAGCAAUCAGCAAACACUGGGAGGCUGAACUGGCUACCCUUAAAGGAAAUAAUGCCAAACUCACUGCAGCUCUGUUGGAGUCCACUGCCAAUGUGAAACAAUGGAAACAGCAACUUGCUGCAUAUCAAGAGGAAGCAGAACGUCUGCACAAGCGGGUGACUGAGCUUGAAUGUGUUAGUAGCCAAGCAAAUGCAGUACAUACCCAUAAGACAGAAUUAAAUCAGACAAUCCAAGAACUGGAAGAGACACUCAAAGUGAAGGAAGAGGAAAUAGAAAGAUUAAAACAAGAAAUUGAUAAUGCCAGAGAACUACAAGAGCAGAGGGACUCUUUGACCCAGAAACUACAGGAAGUAGAAAUUCGGAACAAAGACCUGGAGGGACAACUGUCUGACUUAGAGCAACGUCUGGAGAAAAGUCAGAAUGAACAAGAAGCUUUUCGCAAUAACCUGAAGACACUCUUAGAAAUUCUGGAUGGAAAAAUAUUUGAACUAACAGAAUUACGAGAUAACUUGGCCAAGCUACUAGAAUGCAGCUAAGGAAAGUAAAAUUUCAGUGCCAAUUGAUUAAAAGAUACACUGUCUCUCUUCAUAGGACUGUUUGGGCUCUGCAUCAAGAUUGCACAAAAAAUUUGAAUAUCACUCCUCCAGGAGGAGGAUCUUUUGAAAAUUGGAAUUGUAUAUUUCAGUGUAAAUUUUAGAAUUCAGCUUGUAGCUAGUUGGGGAUAAAACGAGAUGAAAAACUUGAACUACAAAUUACCUCCAUGUAUAUUAUUGGCCAUAGUUAACUAGAAAGUUAUAAAUAGACACUUAAUGCAAUCCUUUUUUCUGAUAUUAGCCAAUGGGAGAAUUAACAAUGUCUGGGUCACUUCCCCUUUUUAUGUUCAACACAGUGAGGGUUAUCUGCUUUUUAAAUUAAUUUAUUUACGAUAUCUAGAGCUGUGUUUUGUGCAGAAACUUAGUGAUGAAAGCCCUGUCUUUUGUUGUAAUCUGAAUAAUUUCUCAGGAUAUUUUUGCACUGCUGAAAAGCAGUGCCAUUACCAAUUAAUUCUUGCCAGGAGUGAGAGAGAGCCGCAUCUUUAAUUGAAAUAUACUAUAACUGGGUGUAUAGAGUUCUUCCCUUUUUUUGUGCUGGAAGAUAUUUCACUCUGGUGACUAUUCUAGUACACUCUGGUGUUCUCUAAUCUUGUCUGUUGUAUAGUUUACUUUUCCAUAUUGAUUCCAUGUAUUUAUGAGAAGAUAUUGUCUCCCAUUUUAUUACACAUUUUAAAGCCAAUUAACGAAGGCAGCUGAGUCCCUCAGAAAUUUUUCUUUUUAAAUUUCUAAUAAAUUUGACACACAGUACUGAAAUACAGCAGCCCGUCCUUGACGGUCUGGUCUAGCAAUGUUAAGUAUAUUUACAGAAUAUGCAGUUACAUUUAUUUAUGUAUUUUGCAAGAAAUUUUUUCUGAAUGAUCAAUGCAUUUCAAUUUAUGAAUAAUAAUGGUUAUCGGGGAACUGUUUAUUAUAGAUAAUUUUAAGGUGUAUAGCUAUUUUAAAGAGGAUCCAUUUACAUCAAACAGCCGAUCAGAGGACUAUAUCUGAAUUGUGAUGGUGGCAGAUGGAGAUGGAGUCGUGUGCUCUGUCUGAGUCUUCACAUCAAUCACAUCUUUAUUCAAACCUUACAAGGCAAUAUCCUGAACUGUUAACUAGGCAUUUCAAAACAGGAAUUAAAUUCAAUUCAAUAGGCUCUUCUCAGUGAACAGGUUUUAAUGUUGUUUUGAUGUAAUUUUAAAAGACUUUUAGCAAACAUGCAUUUCUUUAUAUGAUAUAUUUCUUUUAUGAAGCUAUUUUAAAAGUAAGCCGAGUGCUGUCUAGUCUGCUUAUGGAGUAGGAAUUGCAUCAGAGUACAUAUAUUCUUGCUGUUCUAUGCCUGUGAUGUUGAGGAGGGUCUUUUUUAAAGUGUAUGCUUGAGUAUCUGACUCUAUGGAGUCUAUAAAUGCACUGAAUUUUGUUUGUACCCCAAAAUGAUUGAAUUGUUAAGUACAAAAUUAAGCUAAUGAAUCAAUUUGUAGCCAUUUUUUUUCACUCAUAAACAGCUACUCAACACUAGACAAUUCUGUUUUACAUGUAUGUGUAUGUAUGUAAAUACAUACAUAUUAAUUUAUAUGAGAGUGAAAAAUAAAUGAUUUGUUUUUAAAGUUAGUUUCUAAAGUGAGUUUUCAGAUGUUUCUGAAAAGUUUAUAACAGACACUUAAUCAUCAUGUAUUAUAUGUGCUAUAACAUCAUGUAAGUUACCUCCAUCUAUUUUAGGAUAUUUUCCUCACCUAUUUAUUAUAGGGAGAAUAAUAGAGAUACACAUGCUCAGAGCUGAGAUAUUUCUCUGGUAAAUCAGGUAAUAAAAUUUAUUUGAUUGAUGGAAUUUUGAAGUAGAUGUGAUUUUAUCCAUCAGUUUCUGAGUAACAAAGAGCACCAGGUUUUAAUUUAAAUAGGGGCUUUAACACUAGGGAUCAGGGAAUUUAGUUAUGAAGAGUUAAAAAAAAUUUAAAAAACAGUGUAAGCUGUUGAAAUGAUAAGUGAAUUAUUUUAAUGAUGUAAUAAAAUAUUUUUAAAUUUUGACAUAGUGGUCAUUUAAUGGGAAAAUAACUCAACAAAAUGUCUCCACUUGAAUUGUAUUGAUAAUGUGAGACAUAUGUGUAAUUCAAUAUAUACAUAUACCCAUAUGUAUAUACAGAAAAUUAUUUUUAAUAUUUUCCUACUGAUAUGAAAUUUAACAUUCGAAAUUUUGUGAGUGUUUUCCUUGUCCAAUAGAGACUAAUUGUUUCUUUUUUUAGUGAUUUAACAAUUUCUUGAGGGCUGCACCUUUAAAUUCCCAGAUUGUCAAUAGACAUGUACAGUAUAUGGGAUAAGGUGGACACAAGUGCACAUAUAAAUAGAAUCUUCUUAAGACUAUUUUAAACAUUCAUUUACAGUAGGAAAAUAUCUAGAAAUCAUCAUCUACAAGUCAUAAUUAGAUUGUGUGCCUACUGUAGUUUUUUCCAUUUCUGUAUUAUAUAAAUAAACAUUUGCAUAUUAAAAUUUGAUUUUCCCAGAGACAAGUAUUAUAUAAUGUAUCUAUAUUUAGAUGAAACUGUGGUAAUAUAUUUGUCAGAAAACAGCGUUGGGGACUGUAGCCUGAACAUGUGGACUUGAAGUGACACGAAGGAGAGCAAAGGUUGAUCCCAUUGUGUAUAAGUUAUUCUAUAAGAACUAUGAAUCCUUGUACAAAAACAAAAACUGAAAGAAAAAAAAAGAAAAACAAAAAUACAGUUUUUAUUUUGAAAUACAUUUGUUGUUCUCUGGAGAAUGUACUUUAUCUUUUUUUCCUUCCAGUCUUUUACAGAUACUUAAAAGCAUUUAAAUGAUGACAGCAUUUACUUAAAUCUUACAGGUGCUACUGGAUUUUGCAUUAGUAUGUUAUGUUGUGAAAUCCUAACUUUGACAUAAAAGGUUUUAUAAGUAUUUCCCUGCCUGGAAAAUUAGUUUUUGUUUCUUUCUCUUCUUCCCUCUCUUUCUCUCUCUCUCUCUCUCUCUCCUCCCCACCCCUCAUUUCUCCUUCUCUCCCCAUUUCUCUCUGCAGACUAAAAAAUAUUCACGAAGUUGCAUCCCACUUUGUCCCUGUAGAAGACCUCCAGCACCAUCAUACAUUGGAUGUUUUGCUGUCAUUGAACUGUUGGGAAGCAGUUGGAGGAAAAAUUUCACACUUUUUUUCCCCCAGGUGGAACUAAAAGGGACACUCAAAGUCUAGCUGCCGCCACUACGCUCUUUUAAAGCUCGUUUCUUUGCCCUGUUGAAAUUAAAUUUAUUCAUUAA